CCGCUUCUUCGUCUUCGUCUCAUUUGGUGCAUGAAUUUGGCCCACACAACCUGCUCUUGAACCACUUUCCCCAUCACCACUUGCAGUCCGCUUUCGCCCUCACGCCCCGCCGCCAACAGCCCGCCUUCUCGACCGUUCCCUGAAGAAGAUGGAGACAGCCCAGGUUGACAAGCUCGCCGCACUGCGGCAGCGUCUGGCUCUACUGCGCCUCAAGAAACGGUUAUGGCCGUAUCGCGAACUCUUCGACAAGUCGGCCGAAUGGGUCCCCCGGCACGCCAUAGCCAGAUGCAAACGCAUUGACUCCAAGCGAUACCCUUACGCCAUAUUCGAGUUGAUAGAGGCGUCUCCGACCGACUGGCAGCCCUGGGUGAGCAGCGGCCUUCCAGCGUACAUGUCGUACGACCUCCGCCAAGCCGCCAUAAAGUGGAAUAGCUGCGUCGCAGCUCAAUACAUGCUCUUCUCCCCGCUGGAGGAGGAGUUCAAGGGUUCCGGGGUUCGAUGCGAACUGGCGGACUUCGAUCCUCGUCUCGCGGUUGGGUUCAGGUGGGAGGGAGACAGUCAUCUAUGCUGGCAUAGCGUAUUGCGGCUCGUGGAUGAGAACGGCUUCAGGUUCAUUUUUGAUCUAACCUUGGAGCAGUUGGGGUGGGCAAGCACUGAGGACUGGCUGAUGGAGGAGGAUAGAUACGUGGAGGAGUACACGCAGGGAUCUCGCCCCGUUGACAAAGCUACGGCUUCCAAGCGGGUAACUGAACAUGUAGGCAGUGACCCUCACCAUAUCUUCACAAGAGACGUACGCCGGUUGAUGCGUGAGUUCGCCGCAAUGAGCGAGGAGGAGAGGGAGAGGGAACAUCCCCUUGUGCUGAGGAGGAUUGAGCAGAUAUCGGAGACGUCGAUGCGCCAGAGAAGUUGGUACGACGAGCCUAACUAGCGCUGAUGAUGGCUGAGAGGGUGAGGACGGCUUGGGAAGGCAGUUUGGAUCCGAAUCAUUUGAAACACGGAGACUGAGUGAUGGAUGGCGGCUCCUGAAGGCAGAGAUAUUCGUGUAUGAUAGAGGGGUUCCGAGCAAUAAUGCCGUGCGUCCUGUAUGCUUCCCAUGCAAUAGCAACAGGUGAAGCUCUUUUCUGAUCGUUCUCCGUUUCUGCUCCAAUGUUGCACGUGACCGUAGGUAAAGGGUCCAGCGACAAUGCUCCCCAUUGCGUGGAAGUCAGUCACCGACCCUAC